AUGGUGAGCGUAGCGCGUGCCACGUCUGCAGGUGAGCGCACGAUGCUCGCGGCCAAUGAGCGCUUCGUGGUGUCCCAGGCGGCGCUGUGCGGGAUCCCCAUCAGUGGAACGGAGCUGCUCGCGCUGCACGCGCAGUCGGAGGAGGACGGGGAGAGCGCGCAGGGUCACGCACAGCGGCACACGCACCACACGUUUGAAGCCAUGCAGCGGAGGCACACGACCCUGAGAGAGAAGGGCCGCAGGGGUCCGGCCUACAUGUUCAGCGAGAGGGGCACCAACCUCACUGCAGAAGAGGAGCGCUUCCUGGACGCUGCGGAAUAUGGCAACAUCCCGGUGGUGCGUAAGAUGAUGGAAGAGUCCAAGACACUCAAUGUCAACUGUGUGGACUACAUGGGCCAGAAUGCCCUGCAGCUCGCCGUGGGCAACGAGCACCUGGAGGUGACGGAGCUGCUGCUGAAGAAGGAGGGGCUGGCGCGGGUGGGCGACGCCCUGCUGCUGGCCAUCAGUAAGGGUUAUGUGCGCAUCGUGGAGGCCAUCCUGGCUCACCCGGAGUUUGAAGGGGGUCUUCGCUUCGCCCACAGUCCUCUUGAGCAGGAGCCGAGGGACGAUGACUUCUAUGCAUACGACGAGGACGGCACACGCUUCUCGCAGGACAUCACGCCGGUUAUACUGGCCGCACAUUGCCAGGAGUACGAGAUCGUGCACAUACUGCUGCUGAAGGGCGCCCGCAUCGAGAAGCCACACGAUCACUUCUGUAAGUGCGGUGAGUGUAUGGAGAAGCAGAAGCAGGACUCCUUCAGCCACUCGCGCUCCAGGAUGAACGCCUACAAAGGCCUGGCCAGUGCCGCCUACCUGUCACUGUCCAGCGAAGACCCGGUGCUCACAGCCUUGGAGCUCAGCAAUGAGCUGUCCCAACUGGCCAACAUCGAAACUGAGUUCAAGAAUGACUACAGAAAGCUGUCUAUGCAGUGUAAGGACUUUGUGGUUGGCGUGCUGGACCUGUGUCGGAACACAGAGGAGGUGGAGGCCAUUCUGAAUGGUGACGUGGACCACAAUCUGCCCAGUGACCACAACAGGCCCUGCCUUAGCCGCGUCAAACUGGCCAUCAAAUACGAGGUCAAAAAGUUUGUGGCUCAUCCGAACUGUCAGCAGCAGCUGCUAACCCUGUGGUAUGAGAACUUGUCUGGCUUGAGGCAACAGCCUAUUGGAGUGAAAUGUUUAACAGUGCUGGGCGUGAUGGUGGGCCUACCGUUCCUGGCGAUUGCAUACUGGAUCAUGCCCUACAGCAAGGUGGGUCAGGUUCUCCGCAGUCCGUUCAUGAAGUUCGUUGCCCAUGCUGUCUCCUUCACCACUUUCCUGGGUCUGCUGGUGCUAAAUGCCUCCGACCGCUUUGUUGGAGUCAAAAAUCUGCCCAACGAGACGAUCACUGACCACCCGCGCCAGGUCUUCCGCGUCAAAACCACCCAGUUCUCCUGGACGGAGAUGCUAAUUAUGAAAUGGGUGCUUGGAAUGAUCUGGUCAGAGUGUAAGGAGAUCUGGGAGGAAGGCCCUCGUGAGUAUGUCAUGCACCUGUGGAACAUCCUGGACUUCGGUAUGCUGUCCAUCUUUGUGGCGUCGUUCACGGCGCGGCUCAUGGCCUUUCUGCGAGCGUCUCGUGCACAGCUGUAUGUGGACCUGUACGUGACGAGCGCUGACCUGAGCAACGCCUCUCUGCCCGCGGAGGUGGCCUACUUCACUUACGCAAGGAACCGGUGGCUUCCCUCUGACCCCCAGCUCAUCUCCGAGGGUCUGUACUCCAUCGCUGUGGUCCUGAGCUUCUCACGCAUUGCCUACAUCCUGCCGGCCAACGAAAGCUUCGGACCCUUACAGAUCUCCCUGGGUCGCACCGUGAAGGACAUUUUCAAGUUCAUGGUCAUCUUCAUCAUGGUCUUCCUCGCCUUCAUGAUUGGCAUGUUCAAUCUGUACUCUUACUACCUCGGAGCCAAGUAUAACCCGGCUUUUACCACGGUGGAGGAAAGCUUCAAGACGCUGUUCUGGUCCAUCUUUGGUCUAAGUGAAGUGAUCUCCGUAGUGCUGAAGUACGAUCAUAAGUUCAUUGAGAACAUCGGCUACGUUCUGUAUGGAGUCUAUAACGUCACCAUGGUGAUCGUUCUGCUCAACAUGCUGAUCGCUAUGAUAAACCACUCUUACCAGGAGAUCGAGGAGGAUGCCGAUGUUGAGUGGAAGUUUGCUCGUGCCAAGCUGUGGCUGUCUUAUUUCGACGAGGGCAGGACCCUCCCUCCCCCGUUCAAUCUGGUGCCCAGCCCCAAGUCCUUCUAUUACAUGGCCUUACGCACCAGAGCCUGCCUCGUCAGACUGUGCAAGGCCAGAGGCCGUCGCCAUGGCAGCCAGAGAGAAAUGGACGUGCCCAAUUCUCGGACAAAGCUUCAUAGGUUUCGCUCUUACCAUGCCCAAGAUGAAUACACAGUGAGAAAUACCAUCAAACACCCAACCAGAUACCAGAAGCUCAUGAAGCGCCUCAUCAAGCGAUACGUCCUGAAGGCCCAGAUUGACAGUGAGAACGAUGAGAUCAAUGAAGGUGAGCUGAAGGAGAUAAAGCAGGACAUCUCCAGCCUCCGCUACGAGCUCCUGGAGGAGAAAUCUCAGGCCACAGAGGAACUCGCUGACCUUAUCCAGCAGCUGGGUGACAGGCUCAGUAAAUCCACCAAGAAACCCUGA